CCAUCAACAUCGAUCUCACUUUGGUCCUUUCUAUCGAUCUACGCUGGACAUUUUCUCCACCGCCAACCAACAUCCUGCUCGCUGUCAGACUGAACUCCAUUCCUGAUUCACCGUCAUCAGCUUGCCGCCGGGUCUUUAAGAAAAUCACGUUUACGGCACAUUAGCGGGAGUUACCGAUUUUUCCCUCUCCUUUUCGUUCGGGGUAUCCAUCACCUGACGAUCAGGAAUCCCAUUCAUCUUCGACCGUUGGCGCGCUCACUUGACUCUGCUCGACCUCAGCUGGACAACUUUCGUCAUCGAAAACAGACUGGUCUGUACGUAAAAUUGCUCCUUCGGGAGGAGCAAGCAGGCAAAUUGUAACUCCGACCUAUCUUUGCGUCCCAAUCUUCGUGUGCCAUGUCGGUUCUGACCAGCAUGGCAAGCCAUCGCCAUGUCAUGGGGUCGCUCCCAUUCAUGCACUCUGCCUACGGCGACGAGGGAAGAUAUAAACCGAUGAUUCCACUGCCUCUAGCGCCUGUUCCAUCUUUCGAUCCAUACAACGUCCUUCAUCUCUACUGCCCUCGUCCGCAGCAUCCAUUAGCCCUCAACACCCUUCUCAAUCCAUCGGACGAAAUGUCUACAAAAAUCCACCUCCGAUUUAAAAAUGGACACUUUACCUCUGUGCCAACGGCUCCACCGCCCGUCAAGGGCCAAAAGGUGAGGCGUGAACAUCCCCUCACGCCCACGUCAAUCUCGACCACCGCGUCGAACUCGCCCGACCCAGCCAAUGAGGGUCAAAUUGACAAACCUCGCCCCACAUUAGAAAUGGCGAAGAAGGUGUACGAGGAAAAUCAGGCGGCAAUGUCAGGCCUCGACUUGCUCGCAUUGAUCUCAUCGACCCAACCUGUGACCUCUGCGCCUGCUCCCAUUGUCAAGUCGACCAAACGAAAAUUGUCCGUUGAGUCCACCGAUUCUACCGACUCGUCGACUAAAAGGGCCCGCACCACGCCUGUGAGGUCAAACUCAGGCUCUGCCUCCACCUCGACCGAUAAUGGGAGAGUCUGGGAUGUCCCUGGAGCCAGAGAAGCCUACGAAUUGGCCCAAUUGAUGCUGCCUCUUGCUGGCGAGCGAGCCAAGUUCAAGAUUUUCGGUAAUCAUCUAGGCCGAAACCAAGUCAUUGGAAUCAUCGUAUCCCUUGCCACUGGUCAACAUUACGACCGCAAAUCUAUUUCGUCCCACACCCAGACUUUGAAAAAUGACUCGAAAAAUGUAUCGCGUACCCCGGAACUUGUCUUGAACAAGAUCCAAGACAAAGGACCCAAAGCCUCCAAGGCCGAACUCGAGAACUUCGAGCUCCCCGACAGGCUUAAAGAUUUGAUCCGUAUGCCACGGGAAAAGUCCAGCAGCAACUGGUCGGACCCAUACCACGUCCCAAACGUCAAAUACCUCGGUGACUGGAUCCCCGCGGGUCUUCACAAAAACGACGCUGCGGAUUGGUUGAGGAAUAGGCAUCAUUCUCGAGUCCCGCCUUCCUACAGCCCAUAGGACAUUUCGGCGCACGGUCGCACCACACCCAAAAAACCACACGCACUUCGAACAUUUGGAGUGAAGACUUCUUCUUGUUCUUCGAUUUUGC